UCACCCUGUUAGACUUAGAAAUUAUGUAACGAUGAGAAGGCCACGAUUUCCAAUGAGAUUUUUCCCACUAAUCGGCAGAUUUUUCAGAAACAGAAGAGUGAGACCAACCAGCAGACCGCCGACACACUUCCAUGUUCCAUUAAAUGGAAGACAGUUCGAACACUUUCAUGCCUUUGGAGACGUAGAUCAUACCCACGACACAACAUUUCCAUCUGUAGUCAACUCGGAAAACGGAGCCGGGUGGGAUAUUCCGGUUCAAUGGAGAGAUACUAAUACCUGGUCUUUGUUCGACAAGGUCAACCCGGAUUCUGUUCUCGUAUGGAACAAUGAUCUUCCCGACAACAAACCUGAUGCCAUUCCAGACUCUUCGUUACCAAAUCGGCCAUUAUUUCCUGAUAGUGUUCUUCCAUCCGAUGUUGAGGUUCCGGUCAUUACUUCAGAAUUUCUACCUACGUCAAACAAGCGGAAGGAACCUGCGGUUACAAGACCACUACCUCCAGUCUCAACGGAAAACGAUGGGGUUUUAUUACCAGGAAUCAUUGUAAAUGUAACUGAUAGCAACUCUACUGACUUAAACAGAACUCAGAAAAAUACGGGAAAUGACACAAACACGUCUGGAAUAAACAGCAAUUUUGUUCCAGUUUCCAUGACGACACCUGAAACUCCAAAGGCGGUGAAUAAAAAGACAAAAGAACCAUCUUGUCACAAAACGGGGUGUUUGACUGGUCACGAGUGUGUCUACUCCGGAUCUUACAUCUGUCCUAUUUAUAUACCGGAAGUGGACUGUAAAUGUAGAGCAGGUUGCAGAGUGGACUAUACGUUUAUACCUUUUGGGACAACUGUUACCAUGGAUACCUGUGGAAAUUCAUGCUCUUGUUUCAAUAUGUUCGGAGCACCGACAUGUUCAAACAAACCUUGCGUAGAUGACCCUCAAAAACAAGUACCAGGCAAAAUUCUCAUACCGGAAGUAGUCAGCGCCUCCACACGGCAAAGUCCGUUACCAACACAGGUCUCUUUCGACAUCACCACGACAGAUCAGCUGGAAAUUAAUCAACCAAAAGACAACAUACAAAUGAACUUCCCGGUGAUUCCAAUCGUCAAAGAUAACCAGAAGAGUUAAACUGGCACUUUACUUCUAAGACACCAUUUUCCAGCCGCGUACAAUACUUCAAGAAAUCCCACAUGUACUUAUAUGUUUAUGUGUUUUAUAAUGCUAUGAAAUCCAUUGGAAUAAAAUAAACAUUAUUAUGAAUUACUCUUA